AUGGCUCCUUCCGAACCUAUCGAGAUAGAAGAUGAUGUCUCGAAUGCAGGGGAUGACAGCCAAGUAAUCAAUGAGGAAUACAAAAUUUGGAAGAAGAAUACUCCGUUCUUGUACGAUACAGUCAUAACUCAUGCUUUGACAUGGCCAUCCCUCACCUGUCAAUGGUUACCAGAUCAGACCACCCCCCCUGAUGCUGAUUAUACCGUCCACCGAAUGAUCAUCGGUACCCAUACCUCAGGUCAGGCAAAAGAUCACCUGAUCAUCGCCGAGGUAUUGCUCCCUAAAGGUGGGAUGGAGAAUGCAGGCAAGGAAGUGGCUGAGAUGUAUGAUGAGGACAAACAAGAGAUCGGAUCAUACACUAAAUCACCCGCUCGAAUCCGAGCUAUCCAAACGAUAAACCAUGAAGGCGAGAUCAACCGAGCUAGAUACAUGCCUCAAAACCCCGAACUUAUAGCUACCAAAGCUGUCUCGGGGGAUGUAUUAGUAUUUGAUAGGACCAAACAUGAAUCAAAGGCGAAUCCAAAUGGUGAAUGUAGGCCUGAUAUAAGAUUGAAAGGGCAAAGUAAAGAAGGUUAUGGACUUGCUUGGAGUACUGUAAAAGAAGGACAUAUUCUCAGUGCGAGUGAGGAUACCACUGUAGCUCAUUGGGACAUCCAAGGUUACCAGAAGAAAGAUCCCGUCCUCCAGCCAUUACGACUCUAUAAAGGUCAUUCAGCUUGUGUCGGUGACGUCGAUUGGCACCCUAAAAACGAUUACAUGUUUGCAUCAGUAGGAGACGACAGGAAAAUCAUGCUAUGGGACACAAGAAGCGAUAAUGCAAACAAACCAUCUUCAUCUCAUGAAGGUCAUACAGCUGAAAUCAAUUCGGUCGCUUUCGCUCCAAGUUCCGAUUACCUAUAUCUAACUGGAUCGAGUGAUAACACAAUCGCAUUAUGGGAUAUCCGAAAACCCACUCACAAACUCCAUUCCUUCGAAGGCCAUACCGACGACGUGUUACAACUCUCUUGGUCACCUCAUUCACCUGUCCACUUCGCAUCGGCCUCAGCAGAUCGAAGAGUCCACAUAUGGAAUCUCGAUGCGAUCGGUUCUGAGCAAACUCCCGAUGACGCCGAGGAUGGACCACCCGAAUUGCUUUUCGUACAUGGUGGACAUACUUCCAAGGUAUCUGAUAUAUCCUGGAGCCCCAAUGCCAAGUGGCACCUCGCUACGACUGCUGAAGAUAAUAUCUUGCAGGUUUGGGAACCUUCUAGACAUAUUAGAACGCCUGGAGAAGGGGAUGUGGAUGCGAUGGAUUUAGAGUAG